CAACACACAAAUCAAUAGAAAAGAAGACGAUGGUCUGGCGAAACGACAUUUAGCUCUCUCAAAAGGGGAGCAUAGUUUUGUGGUGUUUAAUUAUUAUAUUAUAUGUGUCGAUGUAUUGAUCUUUUAGCUGUUAAAACGACAUGCAGACAGGGUAGCACAGCAGACCGCUCACCACCACCAAGCUAGCCUUCGGAUGCUUGACACCGGAUGGUUACCAUAACAACCAACUCGGCGUUCGUGACAGUUAAGUGAGCGAAAGCGACACGGGUUCUCUGUUCUCCUGCGGUAUAUAUAUAUCGGUCUGUCGGUGCUUUCGUCGACAUGUCGGAGGAGCCUAGGCGAGGGGAGGACGAGGAGCGGGGGCCGGGGGGUGUCCACCACAUGUUUGUGGUGAUGGAGGAGCUGCUGGAGAAGCUGAAGAUCCUGGACUACGAGGAGGAAGUGCUGGCCGCGCACAACAUGAAGGCCAUGUCGAGGCACUACUUCGUGUCCAGCCCGUACGUAGCGUCCAACCCUGGCGAGCAGUUCUUCCUGUUCACGGCCAUCGCGUCGUGGCUGAUCAACGUGGCGGGCCGCCCGUUCCCCGCGCCCCGGGACGACGACGAGCCCUACGCCACCGUGUCCAACAUCCUGGCCGAGCUGCGCGCCUUCGGGGUGAAGGUUGACUUCCCCCCCAACAAGCUGAAGGCUGGCUGUGGGGAACAGGUGUGCUUUGUGUUGGACCGCCUGGCCGAGCAGGCCCUGAAGAAGAGGGGCUUCAGCUUCAAAAGACCAAGCUACCCCACAGAGGCAGCCGAGGAGGAGGCCGUCAUCGAGGACGAUGCAGAGCUCACCCUUAGCAAAGUGGAGGAGAUGAUAGAGGAGCCUGACGAGGAGGAGGAGCAUGUGAUGGACUUAGACGCGCUCAAGUCACGGACCAAUCACAGCGAGGUGGACCCGUCCUCUAAGCCCGAGGCCAUCCUGGAGGCCAGUGUGGACGCAGCCGAGUGGGCCCUGGAGGUGGAGCGGGUCCUGCCCCAGCUCAAGGUCACCAUCCGCCCCGACAACAAGGACUGGAGGAUCCACCUGGACCAGAUGCAUCAGCACCGGGACGGCAUCACGGCCUCGCUGAAGGAGACCAAGGGCUACCUGAACAAGCUGCAGGAGGACCUGGGGAAGACCCUGGAGAAGGUGAACAGCAGAGAGAAGUACAUCAACACCCAGCUGGAGCACCUGAUCGGGGACUACCGCGCCGCCCAGGCCCAGCUCAGCCAGGCCAGGGAGCUGUACCAGCAGGCCAGUGGAGGAGUCACAGAGAAGAGCCGACAGCUGGCAGAGGUGAGCGAGGAGUUGGAGGAGGUGAAGCAGGAGAUGGAGGAGAAGGGCAGCAGCAUGUCUGACGGAGCUCCGGUGGUGAAGAUCAAGCAGAGUCUGACCAAGCUCCGUCAGGAGGUGGUGCAGAUGGACGUCCGCAUCGGCGUGGUGGAGCACACGCUGCUGCAGGCCAAGCUGAGGGAGAAGAACAACAUGACCCGCGACAUGCACGCCACCGCCCCGCCGGAGGCCGGCCUGCAGCCCUACGGCUGAGGACCUCCACCUCCUCCACCCUACAGACCUACACCCUGCAGCCUGCAGCCCUACAGCUGAGGACCUCCACCUCCUCCACCCUACAGACCUACACCCUACAGCCUGCAGCCCUACGGCUGAGGACCGCCACCUCCUCCACCCUACAGACGACCUCCACCCUCCACCCAACAGACGACCUCCACCCUACAGCCUGCAUCCCUACGGCUGAGACCUCCACCUCCUCCACCCUACAGACCUACACCCUACAGCCUGCAGCCCUACGGCUGAGGACCUCCACCUCCUCCACCCUACAGACGACCUCCACCUCCUCCACCCUACAGACGACCUACACCCUACAGACCUCCACCCUACAGCCUGCAGCCCUAUGGCUGAGACAUCCACCUCCUCCACCCUACAGACGACCUACACCCUACAGACCUCCACCCUACAGCCUGCAGCCCUAUGGCUGAGACCUCCACCUCCUCUACCCUACCGACGACCUACACCCUACAGACCUCCACCCUACAGCCUGCAGCCCUAUGGCUGAGACCUCCACCUCCUCCACCCUACAGACUACCUACACCUCCUCCACCCUACAGACGACCUCCAUCUGCUCCACCCUACAGCCUGCAGCCCUACGGCUGACGACCUCCACCCUACAGACGACCUACACCUCCUCCACCCUACAGCCUGCAGCCCUACGGCUGACGACCUCCACCCUACAGACGACCUACACCCUACACCCUACAGCCUGCAGCCCUAUGGCUGAGACCUCCACCUCCUCCAGCCUACAGACGACCUCCACCUCCUCCACCCUACAGACGACCUCCACCUCCUCCACCCUACAGCCUGCAGCCCUAUGGCUGAGACCUCCACCUCCUCCAGCCUACAGACGACCUCCACCUCCUCCACCCUACAGACGACCUCCACCCUACAGACGACCGUCACCUACACCCUGCAGCCCUAUGGCUGACGACCUCCACCUCCUCCACCCUAGAGCUGAAAACAGCCAACUGGCCAGAAUCAGAUCUUUGUUUCCCUCAUGGUUGUUCGUUUUCUGUUUGUUUGUACAGAAGUGUUUGUUUAUCGGUCCGCUUUUGGCCCAAAGACGUGUAACGGACGGUGGAAAAACUUGAUUAUCACAAAUACAAGUUCCUCAAAAUGGCCGCUGUUGUUUGUAAACAGGGUAAGAAACCGUUCUUACCCUGUUGGUCUCAAUUAGUUUUUCUUAUCUUCAGACAUGAGUCAUGACGGAUGUCGGUGUGUGAAUAGGAGCAUAUAUAUAUUUUUUAUUUUAUCUUAUUUUUUCUUGUUAUUUUUAUAUUAAGGGUUUUUUAUAAUAUUACACUUAUUUUGAUACCUAAUAAAAGGUUGUACAUGAA